AUGGAUGAGGUAAGACCAAUAACAAAAAAAAGAGGUCAACGUGGUAUUGCUGCAUUCAAGAAAAAUUAUCGACCUGAAGAGUAUAAUGUUAAAUUCAAUGAGAAUAAUAUCCCAAAUGGUGGCAUGUCAACCCAAUUUAUGUCUUGGUUUGGCAUGAAUGUUCAACAUAGGUUUCCGAUAGAUGAAGAUCCGGAAGCAAUGGAAUGGAAUAUCGAGUCUGAUGACAUGAAAGAUUAUAUGAAGAGGAGAGCUGUUAAACUUGCAUCAAAUUUUAAAUCAAGGCUAGUUUCAAAAUUUGUAAAUAAUGAAUUAGAUGCAUGUGCUGUAUAUACCUUUAUACCUCGCGAUGUUUGGGAUAGAUUCGUUGCACAAAAAACUACCCCUGAGUUUUUGGCAAAAAGUGCAAAAGCUAAAAAAAAUAGUGCUAAAAAGAAAUCCCAAAACCACGUAGGACGAGGUGGAUGGCCGGGUCUUGAAAAAAAAGCACCUAUUAUAUGGCCUCAACUUGUAGCAAAAUAUGAGUUUCUAGAAAGCAUACAAAAUGAAAGGUCUAAGUUGUAUUUAAUGUCUUUCGCAAAAAAAGACAAAGAAACCAAGAUGUAUGAUCUUCCACAAACGGCAAUUGAAAAUUUCAAAUUUUUGGAACGAGAAGAGAAAAAUAUGAUAGCCGAUGGGAGCUAUUAUCAAAAUGAGGAAGACCCGUUAGUUAGGCUUUUGGGGCCCGAGCACGGGGGGCGAUCACGGACAGUAUCCAAUAUCAUUGGGCCUACCAAGGUUUCGGGUGGAUUGUUUAAAAAUGUGAAAAAAAGUCGAAAAUCGAUGCCGCGGGUCGACACGAAUCAAACAUUCCGUGAAUCUAAUGGUGUGUCCGAUGGACGAUUGGUAGAAUAUCCACCUAUUGAGGUUAUGACAGCAUGUGAUUUGCUAUUAAAAGUUGCUGAUACUGAGUUGAAAGUAGCUUCUGGUAUGGCAUGGCCGACCUUAGAAACGGUUAUACAUUCAAAACCAAUAAAUGAAGGUUGUGUUAAAGUUCAAGUUGAUGAGAUCGUAGAAAUAUAUGAGAACUUGCCUGUGCAUGCCGUAACACAAACGGAUGAAGUUGAAUUUGUUAAACAUCUGCUUCAUAGCAUCGUUCAGUGGCCGAGAUAUGCAUUAAAGCUUGCGAACAAAACACCGAGCAAGUCAAAUAGUGGUACAAGAAUGGGCUCGAAUCACUCCUCUCCACAGAUACACGUUGAUGACACCACAACCUCAUUUUAUCGUCCACAGUCUGAGGAAAACCAAUUUCCUUAUCAUCAUCAAAUGGAUGCUAAUGAACCUUUUCAAGGUGGUUUGGUUGAUAUGAUAUUAUCUAUGAAUCCACAACAAAUUGAUUUAAAUGCACUCGGAUCUGGGCCCGGGCCCAGGCUAGAACGUGAACGCAAUCCCGAUCUCGAUCCCGAUCCUGAACUCGAACCCGAUUCCGAACCCGAACCCGAACCCGAACCCGAACCCGAACCCGAACCAGAAUCCGAAUCCGAACCCGAAAUCGAACCAUUUACAUGCGUAGAUGAUGCUCUUUAUAUAUCCUUGAGCAAAGUACAACAAAAAAGUCCUAAAAUUCAAGCUAUUGCUUUUCAAGAAGCAGACUUUUUUAAGAAUACACAUGGCACUUAUAUUUUUUCACCCAGAGGGAUGUAUCGCAACAAAGUUCGACUUCCCAUCCUAUAUAGCGAGGUGUUACAGUUAUUUCUAAGGGGUUGGCUUGAUUAUAGCAUUAUACAUUGGUUUGCGAUGUAA